GAUGGGAGUCAAUGGUCCGCUUAAAUUGUUUUCUGACAUCCUCUCACUGCAGGAUGAAGAUGUUGUCGACGUGGUGUUUUUCAAUGGGCAUGAUUUACAACAUAUUUCGACAUUGGUUCGGGCAAUUCAGGAAAUUAUGGGGAGUGAUGAAACGACUGAUGAGCAGCUCACCCUUAACAUUAGACGAUUGAGGGCCUUGGUAGAGCAGAAACUUGAUCAAAUCUCAAUCCAAGAACGGAUUACAUUCGUGUCUCCCAGCGUGCUGGAGGUGGGAGUGGAUUUCAUCACGCAGUCCAUGGCGGAUAUAAACUUGACGCUGGCGAAUGCAAGAUACAGUGAACUGACCACGAACAGCCCGACGACCACAAGCACGAGUAGUACCAAGAGUGCCACCUCGAGACCGGAAGGGGUUAAGAUGUCCAUUCUUAGCAGGUCUAAAGUGAUGCUCUGGCCCCUUGACCGUCUCCUCAAGUGGAUCGGUUGUUCCAAACGAAUGGCAUCCUCCACCGUGAGUCCAGCUUCUGUGAGAGACGUCAAGUAUUUGGAAGACACUAACUGAUCCAGAAGAAGAAGAAAGAGAGAGAUUUUUUGUUACAGUUUUACUUUUUAUUAUGUCGUGGAAAUGGUGAGAUGAAAAGAAAAUUGUGUAAAAAUACAUAUUGUGAGUUGGAAUUAAAG